AUGGUUCGGGAUGAUCAUGCGGCUGCGCCGAUGCUGCCCGAGGAUGUGUUGCGCCAGAUCUUUCGACAGCUCGACGUCAUCACCCUGCUCACCGUCUGCGCUCGCGUAUGCCGAGAAUGGCGCGCGGUUGUGUGUAACAUCCUGAGCACCCGCCUCGACUUUUCCGGCAUCGAAGAUGCGAGCGUCCUGCGCAACAAGGAACUGCGGCUGGCAUUGAAGCUCUUGGGUCCGAAUCUCCGCGAGCUCAACCUCUCCAACUGCCAGGCCCUGAGUGAAGGGGGUCUAAGUCAACUCACCAACCUUCCCCGCCUUGAAAAGCUGAAGCUCAAUAACAUCACCCUCUCCCACUUCAGCCACCAUGCCCUUUUGAGUCUGGCCCACCUUCGUCACCUCGAGCUUGCCAACACGGAGAUGAGCCGAAAAACCCUCGCUCAUCCUAACCGACGCUUUUCGCAUCGAUUGGCCCUGGACGUGCGUGUGUCCGUGUCCGUGUCCGUGUCCGUGUCCGUGUCCGAGUCCGUGUCCGUGUCCGUUUCUUUUUUCUCCCUCACCAAGCAUGAGAUCAUCUGUUCACUGACUUGUGCGCCCAAACGACGACCCCCUUUCUGCAGAUCCUUCAUCUGCCUCCAUCGACUGGAGGUCUCUCAUGUCAACGACGACGUUUUGAACCAAUUCCGGCUCUUACCCAACUUGCGAGAACUAACACUGGUCAAGACUGACUACAUUCGCUACGAAACGCUGGCCACCUUGGUGUCUCUUCAAACUUUGCGCUUGAAGCGCUGCUCCAUGAUCCGCGUGGUACCCACCAACCGCAUGCCCGAAGGCCGGCCGUUUGCUCGCAUGCUGCGCAACCUAACAGCACUGCAGGAGCUGGAGAUUGAAUACUUGCGCACGCCGGCUCUUUCCGACAGCCUCAUCAGCGCCAUGUUGGACGAGGGGACCGACCUCAAAAGCCUGGUUAUCAGAGACGCCCUUCUCUUUAACAACUCCCUGCACACCUUUGCACGACAUCGCAAUCUUCGCCGCUUGGUGAUCGAGAGCAGCGGUCAAUUUACCCCACACGGUCUGAAGGAGACGCUUGUGGCCGAGCUGCCUUUGCUAGAAGAGCUCGGUCUACCCAAUUGUGACAUUCAAGCCGGAGAUGAGGCCCUGCAAAUCCUGCAAGGACUGCGGCACCUACGCGUUUUGGAUCUCAGCCACUGGCACGGCAUCACUUCCUUGGGCUUCGCGUGCCUCGAGCAGUUGCCUGCGUUGGAGCGAGUGCGCUUACACGGGUUGCCCGCUGCCUCUUCGUCGCAGCCAUCCAUUCGUGCCCUGCGCCGGCGAGGCGUGGAAGUGGAGCUGCGCGAGCCGCUGCCGCUGGCGUACCAUGCGCAUAAAGAUCUUUACGCGGAGCAUGUUCCGCUCGGUGUUCAUUGUGUUGCUCUGAUGCAUGCCUCUGAAGUUGCUGGGGGCAUGGAAGACGCUUUCAUUCCCGGCAUUCCGCGACAUGGCUGCGUUUGCGCCUCGCAAGCCUGUCCUUACUGUCAAACCUCCAUGACCACCUGUCUUCUGCGCGAUCACUGCGAGGUUUGCCCAGCUGCACCUGCACGCUGCUUACUAGCGUCGGCAGGGUGCUCUGUCGUUGUGGAACGUGCAGGGCUGCGCCAACACCUUUUCAACUGUCCGUUGAACGUGGUGGAAUGUCACGUGUGUCAUCGGUCUAUCGCGCGCAAAAAGGUGGGUCCAGUUCAUGCGCGUGCCUCAGAUGUUAUGCCACAAACGGAAGGGCAGGGUCGGCCCAGCGCUGAGUUUUUUGGUUUUUUUUUCGUUUCUUUGUUUUUCGUGGGCGCAUCGGUGUGAUUGACUCUGAAU